UCCGGGGCUCAUUUGAACUACGAGCGAGCGCCGGGAAAGUUCAGCAUGGACCUCGAGAAAAUGCCGCGCAGCGGCCAACUGGACGAGCUCUACGAGCGCUUGAACGACGACCUGGAGCGGAAGCUGCCGCGGAUCGAGGACAGCGAGAUCGCCAAGUUCUUCGCCGGGAAGACGAUCUUCGUGACUGGCGCCACGGGCUUCAUGGGCAAGUGCCUCGUGGAGAAGCUGCUCCGGAGCUGCUCCCAGCUCGAGCACAUGUACGUCCUCAUGAGGGACAGGAAGAACGAGGGCAUGCGACUCACCCUCAGCAAGUACUUCGCCCAUCCGAUUUUUGACCCGCUGAGAAAAGUCUAUCCGGAUUUCGAGGACAAAGUGACGGCCGUGAAGGGCGAUCUCCUGGCGGAGGAUUUGGGCAUUUCCCAGGAGGACAGAGACAGGAUCGUGAACGAAGUAAACGUCAUGUACCACAACGCGGCCAACGUGAAAUUCGACGCGAGGGUCAAGGUCUCGCUGACGGUCAACGUUCUCGGAACGAAGUGCAUGCUGGACCUGGCCGAGGAGUGCAAGCGCAUGGAGCUCUUCAUGUACAUUUCGUCCGCCUACUCGCACUGCUACCGGAAGGACAUCGACGAGGCGUUCUACGCGAUGCCCGACGGCUUGGACAGGGUCUACGAGGCCAUACGGAGGGACGGCGCGACCGAGAGCGGCAUGUCCGAGGAGGAGAUCGACGCUCUGCGCGGAAAGUUCCCGAACGUCUACACCUACACCAAGGCCCUCUCGGAGGAGCUGGUCAGGCGGUGCGCCGAGAAGCAGUCCAACUUCGCCUUCGGCAUCUACCGGCCGAGCAUAGUGACAUCGUCGUACCGGGAGCCGUUGGCCGGCUGGUGCGGAAAUACCAAUGGCCCGGUGUAUCUCUUCCUCGCGGUCGGCUUGGGCGUCAUGCGCACGGGCUACUAUCUCGACACUCCGUUGGAUUUCAUACCCGUCGACAUGACCAUCAACGCCUUGCUCGCCGUCAGCUGGGACCUCGGAACUCGAUGGAAACCCAUGGACAAGCCGUCCAUAUACAAUUACGGUAGCACCACUACGAACCGCUUGGACCUGAUACCACUGUACGACAUCAUCAAGAACUAUGGUCCGACCGAGGGCUCGUCCAAAGCCGUGUGGAUGAAUGCGAUGGCGCCUUGCAGAUCGUUGUACCUCUUCUGGCUGCUCCACGUACUGCUGCACUUCAUCCCCGCGUGCCUCGGAGACCUCGCCCUCAUAGCCAUGGGCAGAAAAGCCAUGUUCGUCUCCAUCUUCUUCCGCGUGACCAGGCAGAUGGACAAAAUUAUGUACUUCAGCAACGGCAACUGGAGAAUCCAUUGCCCGGAGACGAUGCGAGUCGUCGAUCGAAUGAACUACGACGACAAGGAGUUAUUCUACUGCGACAUACGCAGCCUCAGCUGGGCCCAAUACGUGUUCAUCAUGUGGCGCGGAAUGAGACGCUUUAUCCUCAAAGAGGAUCUGGACAGCAAGGCCGGUCGUCGCAAAUACGUUCAUCUUUGGUACAUGCAUUACGGACUCCUAACAAUAAUUUGCGCUGCACUCUGCUAUUAUGUGCUGAAAAUGUUUGGCUUUCUCGUGUAAACUCUAGAAUAAUUUUGUACAAAAGUGUAACUUAAACAUAUCUCAAGGUUUUAAAAUAUCCGACGAUGCACAUACAGAUAUACGUUUUUUAUUAGAAAGUCAUUCUACUUUUUGGUUUUGUAUUAAAAAUAUAUCUUUCGAAACCAUUAUAUUAACAUUUUUUAUAAAAUCCAGUAUUGUUUCAUAAUAAAAAAUAUAGUUUAAUAAAGAUAAAGAAAUAAGUACCCUGAUCAAUAAUCAUCCUCUCAUCUUUAACAAAUGAUCAGUGGACGUUGUGAAGCUGUUAAUAAAUUUAUUAACGUCUACAUA